AUUCAUUCAACCGCGUUGUCACGGUGAGGGGAUUUGCGAUUGGAAACUCCCCGCGAAUUCAACUCCGUGACUGGCUCAGCUUGGCUUAAAUGAAGCGGACUAGCACUAGAUUCCCCUCAUAUCCCUCUUUCAAGUUGCUCUCAGACCAUUUCAAAUCACCAUGGCUGAUCUCGGAGAACAGCCCCAGGGUCUUCAAGAGGCUCUCAUAUAUUCUAAACUGAAGGGUCAGAAACGACCACAACGACCUCCUCAAGAAGGGGAUAAGGGACAACCACCUCACAAAGGCCGAACAAUCAUUCUUUGUUUCGAUGGCACCUCAAACGAAUAUCAUGAUGCGAACACUAACGUGGUUCGACUAUUCACAUGUUUUGAGAAAUCUCACCCCAAGCAGCUCGUCUAUUAUCAGACUGGGAUAGGCACUGCAACCGAAACGUCCUCCAUCACCCCCCGGGGCGUUUCAAAAUUUUUGAACGUCCUUGAUCAAGGAAUUGCGUUCAAUUUGGGUGACCAUAUCUGCGACGGAUAUCGCUUCUUGCAGCAGCAUUGGCGUGAGGGCGAUAAAAUAUGCGUCUUUGGGUUUUCUCGGGGCGCGUACACAGCGCGUGCGUUGGCGGGAAUGCUUCAAACUGUUGGCCUGUUACAUUCCUCAGUUCCAGAGCAAGUCGAAUUUGCGUAUAAGCUCUAUGUAGACCUUGGUCGCAGCACUGGUGCGAGCAGGCAUCCAAGCCGUCCCUACAAACGCGAGUUUUCCCGUUCCGUAACUAUUGACUUUCUUGGUGUUUGGGACACUGUUUCAUCGGUUGGAGUCCUCUUCCCACAAUCUCUGCCGUUCUCGCAGUCAUCUAGGACCAUCAAAGUUUUCCGCCACGCGCUUGCUCUGGAUGAACGACGAGUGAAAUUUAUUCCUUCGUCUUGGCAACUUUCGGCCCAAGAACAGACGGAACAGACGGAAAAUGGAAUAAAAAACUGGAAAACUACCAAAUCUGCGAAAGACUUUUCCGCCCCAGAUUCGUCCACCUUGAACAAUGUCCAGAAUUGGUUCUCUGGCGUCCUCGAACUUUUACUGAAGAUCUUCGCCAUUUUGUUUCCCCCGCUUCUUGGGGGAAUAUACCUAUUCGACCGACUCUUCACCAGGCCAAAGAUCACCAAGCCAAAGACGAGACUGAUUCCUGCUAAAUGCCUAGAGAGGGGACCACCGGAUGUCAAGGAGGUUUGGUUUGCGGGCGGACACAACGAUAUUGGAGGAGGGAAUGCGAAGGAUUUCGCCCAUGUCUCUGAUUCUGAGUCCCAGUAUAUCCCUGCACUCUCGAACAUUUCCCUCCGUUGGAUGAUUCGUGAGCUAUAUGAAGCGGACCAGCAAUACGACUUGUGUAUCCGCUGGCUUCCUACUCAACUCGCCUGCUUCGGAAUCUACUUGCCCACUGAAACGAAUGAUGAUGGUGGCUCUGAUGACGAUGGGUCUGAUGACGAUGGUUCUGAAUUCUACCCAACUCUACCCUCUGCCGAUCCUCCCGUGGUGGCCCACUAUGAUGUUCCACCCCAGGUUACAGCGGGACUUAAGGCCAACCCUCGACGAGCGAAAUUCAAAGUCUGUUUGGCAUACAACUCUGGUGUCCUCAUCGACGUUAAGUAUCACCACGAUGAUACCAGGACUGCCAUCACGGACGAACUCAAAGCGUGGAAAACGUGGGAUCGCAUUCGUUAUUAUGAAGGAAUGAAGGAAUGGAAACCGGAACACCGCCCCAGGCCCAAUCUUACGCAAUUCUUCGAGUGGGUCUCUGCAAGUCUCGUAACCCUUUUUAUGAUGCUGCUGUGGUGGGCUUUGGAGCUUUGGCCAUACGUUCGGAGGACACGGGAUAAGAUGCAAACCAAAUUUUGGCAAUCUAGGUUCGAAAUGAUUCCCAAUGGGUUUUCAAGCCGAGAGAUCCCUUCACCAGGCGCACUGGUGAACCACCGAAGAUUAGCUAUACCUGAGCAAGCUCAGCCGGGCUGGAUAUCCUUCAUUGACAAACGCAAAACGAUGUUUGUGCAUAAUUCAGUAGUCGAUAGAACAAAUGCGAAGGAGUUGGGUUACCGCCCACGUCCUUGGAAGACUAAGGACGUUCCUACUGGUUGGAAGGUCACUUAUUAGUGUUCCCGCUAGUUGUUAUGUGGCGCAUUGAUUAUCGGAAAUUCAUGUAGUCGCACCCGUUAUUAAUUUAUGUCG